AUGGGGGAAUACAUGGUGGAAUUUGUGGAGAUAAUAAAACUCCUCAAGCAUAAAAGCACACAGCAAAAACGCGUGCACAUAGGUGGCAGGACUCAAAGGGACGAGCAAGGAGUCGGAGAGCGGCGCACGCGCAGUGCAGUCAGGAGCUGCUGCGCCCGGGGUGCUCGCCGCCUCCCCCUGCUGGCUGACCGGAGCUACCGCAGCGCCCGGGGCGGCGCUGCACGUGCGCAGUGCCCCGAUGAUGCUGACCCGGAAGGCCGCGCUGUGCAGGGAGCGGCCGCAGCGACGCACGCGCAAUGCCUCGGGAAUGCGCGCGCCGCGGCUUCUUCCGCUCCGUGUCGCCGCCUCUUGCUCCGACAUCCCGUUCCGCAGCCGCCGCCUCCCGCCUUCCCUGGGUGCCUCCUGCUCCGACAUCCCGUUCCGCAGCCGCCGCCUCCCGCCUUCCCUGGGUGCCUCCUGCUCCGGCAUCCCGUUCCGCAGCCGCCUCCUCCCGCCUUCCCUGCUUCCCUGGGUGCCUCCUGCUCCGGCAUCCCGUUCCGCAGCCGCCGCCUCCCGCCUUCCCUGGGUGCCUCCUGCUCCGGCAUCCCGUUCCGCAGCCGCCGCCUCCCGCCUUCCCUGGGUGCCUCCUGCUCCGGCAUCCCGUUCCGCAGCCGCCGCCUCCCGCCUUCCCUGGGUGCCUCCUGCUCCGGCAUCCCGUUCCGCAGCCGCCGCCUCCCGCCUUCCCUGGGUGCCUCCUGCUCCGGCAUCCCGUUCCGCAGCCGCCGCCUCCCGCCUUCCCUGGGUGCCUCCGCCUCUUGCCUGUCCUGCCCGUGUGAGGCCGCGGUGCCCAGAGUGCAAAUCACGGAGCUGUGGCGCUACUGCCACCAGGAAGCUCAGAGAAGCAAGCUGAUCCUCACGAGGAACCGCUUACUCUUGAAAGCUGAGCUUCAAGGUGCUGCAAGAGGUAGAUAUGAUACUGAAUGCUCUGGAGACAAGACUGACCACGAUUGAGUCCCGUGUGGCUACUCUGCACAGGCAGGUCUGAGAGGAAAUACAUCUUGAACUGUGGGAGAAAGACGAACGUGAAACUUGGCCCUGUAAUCCUCUGAGAUCUGUGGGAACAUUUCAAAGGCUGUGAGAGAGCUGAAAGCCGUGGGUGGCCUGUCCUGGGGGGAGCAGUGCUGACCGAGGCUGUGUCCCAGCCAAGGAGAUCCUCUUCUGUCCCUGAAGAUGAUACACCAGGGGUUUUCUUCUUAAUAAAGUCUUCUGACCAGUCCUGUAGACUUGUGGCUUAAUAGAAAGGUUUAUUUAAAUUUUUGUCUCUGAAACCAAAGCAUUUAUCUCCUGCCUUCCCUGCUAUUCAGUAUCUACUAAACUGGGUAUGCAUUUUCCUAAGCAAAUCAAAAACCUCCCUGUGAUUCUGUAAUUUCCAAAAGAGCAGCACGAAGUCACUUUUCUUUUUCUUGUCUCCAUAGCUUUAGCUUGAUUUGUGCUCAAAGACAGGAAUGACUCAAUAACUGUAUGUGGUGAAUUGUUAGUUUGGUGGGGGUUUGUUGCAAGUUCAGGGCUAAAAUAUGUAAGAAAAGGCUUUUUUUGCACCGGUGUUGAAGGUCAGUUGUUUUACAGCUCCAAAGGGAGGAAACUAAACCAGGCUGAUGGCGACACUCCUUUAAGCAAGACUUGCUAUGUAUUUGAGCAAUUAAUUCAGCAGUUUUGUUGUGUUAAUGCUGGUAUUUCAGUUGUGUUUGGUUUUCUGGGCAUGUGACUAAUUGUCAGUGUUUCUCAUACAGUAUGAGUGUUCCACCUAGUGUUUUUCAAUAAAAGCAAGCAAUUGUAGUAUAAAGCAAGAAUAAUCUCCAAACAUGGUUCAGGUUUUGGUUUUGGUUUUUUUUUC